AUGGCACAAUUAGAACCUAAUGGAGUCUUUUCAAUGGUGGAACUCAACUACCAAGGGGUAUUUAAUCGAAAUCCUUUCUCUUACACUGGUGAUGUGAAAACCAUGUUCACUGAUGUCCACUUUUCUUCUAUGACUUAUUCUGAUUUUGUAACCUUCUGCGAACAUUUCAAGCAUGAAAAGUGUAAAAAGUUAUACUACUGUGAACCGGGCAAUUCCCUGAUGGAAGGUCUUAAUCCCAUUUUAGAUGAUGUAGAAUACGCUGCUUUUAUUUUUGAUGCUUAUGGAAUAAAUGGUUUAAUUUCGGUUUAUGUAGAUCAUAUUGGGGUUGGUGUUGAUGGGUGGUUUGAUGAUGAAGAUAAUAAUGAUGAUGAACGUGAGUCUUGUAUUGAUGGUGAAAAUAAAGAUAACAUAGAUGAACUUAGGAAUGUUGCCUUUGAAUUUAAUGAGGAUGUAGUGCAUAUGAAUAGUACAUAA